AUGAAUGAAGCUAAUGAGGAAAAUGAAAAUGAUAUAGUAUGUGAAAAGGAGGGGUUCAAAAAUGAAAGAGAUAAUAGUACAAAAAAUGAAAAAAAUGAAAAGAAUUAUGACAAUAAUGAAAAAAAUGGUGACAAUAAUGAUAAAAAUGAUGACAAUAAUGAUAAAAAUGAUGAUAAUAAUAAUAUAUAUAUCCAUACACAUAACAAUACAAAUCUUAGUAAAUUACCUUAUGAUGAAUAUUAUAAGAAAGGAAAAAAAUUUGAAGAUAAUGAAAGUAUCAAUUUCAUUGCUAAAAGAAGUGUAUAUGAAAAUUUGAGAGACAAAAGUAAUUAUCUUAAUGACUUAACAGCAAAUGAAGAUACUAGUGAUGUAUAUAGUUAUUUAAAUAAAAAUACAUAUAAUAAUAUGAGUAAUAUAUAUGGUGGUUAUAAUUAUUAUAAUAAUAUAAAUAAUAAUAAUAACAAUAAUAACAAUAAUAAUAAUAAUAAUAGAUAUAGAAGUUUAAAUUUUAUUAGUAGAAAACUUAGUGUUGAAAAUACCUAUAAGGGAGAAAUGAGAAUUAAUGUAAUAAGAAAUCAUGAUAAUUAUUAUAGUAGUUAUGAUGAUGAAGAUCAUAAUUAUAAUAAUCUCAAUAGAUCAUUAUCAUCUAAAAAUUUCGAUCAUUUCAGCAAUAAUCUAAAUGAAUUUACAGAUAAUGGAUCGUCAUGCUCUGAUAAAGCAUUAGAUCAUAUAAAAAUAAAAAAUUUGAAUGCUUUUAAUUUUGAUAAAAUAGCUAAUUUAAAAGAGCAAGAAACAGGGAAAGAAGAAAAUUUUAAUGUUAUAGAUAAUAUUGUUAAUAGUAAUAAAGAAACAUUUAAUCCGAAAUAUAAUCUUAGAUUAAUUGAACAUGCAACCCAUUUGCCAAAGACAUUAAGUGAUAAUUUAUUAAUUAAAAGUAGUAUGGAACAGGAAGAUGCAUAUUAUGUAGAAGAAGUAGAAGUAGAAUCAGAUGAUAUAAGCAAUAUAAAUUAUGUGAAAAUUCCUGUUGAUAUAUCUAAUGAUGAUAGAGAUAUGAUAAAAAAAAAAAUGAAUACAAAUGAAAAUACAAAUACACUAUCGGUUGAUGUUCUUUAUAAUGAUGAU